CGAUGGUAGAGCUCUAUUGGCUCAUUCUGAAAUGAGUUCGUUUUACGAAUUCAUUUUGAAGAAGCAACAAGAGGGCUCAGGUGAGAGACAGUUAUUUUGCAGGCUUUACGAUGGCAUUGCUGAAUGGGCACUAACAAGUGCGUGCACGAAUAACAGCAGUUCCGCUGGUAAAGUCGAGAAACGGGAGCGGCGUGAGGUCCUUCUAGAAAGCACUUUGGCCCUUGGUGGGUUCACUCAGCCCGAACCAUUUCUGCAGCUGUUUAAACCCCUAGCCAAAACCAAGGAUGGGUUUCUUGAUAGAAUUUUGAUAUGUUCAAUAAAACCUCGCUUGUUACUCGAAGAAGAAGUGGAACAAUGGUGUGAAAAACUGGAAGAAUACACUACACAAGAGUUCUCCGGCGUAUAUAAGACAAUAUUCGACAAGCAUGAGAACGGUGUCGAGUAUUGUUACUCACCUGAGGCAAAAGAGAAGUAUACUGAGUACGCCAAUAAUCUCUCCAAGAAUAUGAAUGCCCAGUGGGAUGAAGAAAGCAUUUGUACGGAGAACUUUUCCAAGGACAAAAAAAAUUUUAUAAGGAUAUCAUGCGUUCUCCACGUCCUCUUGUCUGUCCUCAGUCAUUUUAUUGACAAUGAGAAAGACGGCGAAGAAUGUGAUAUUGAAAAGGAGAUUCCGCGAAACAUAUUAAGUAUUGCAGAGGCAGUCAUGGAAUAUUUUGGAGAUCAGCGAAAGGCCUUUAUGACGUUGAUAAAACCUGUUUCCAAGGAAAACUCCCGUUCAUCAUCAACAAUUCCGGAUGAUACAGGAUCAUCGUCUUCCAGCGAAAUCAUAAAUGCAUUCGGGCAGUGGUUUGUGGGCAGGUGUAAAGACUAUUCCGAAGAAUGUAUCAGUAAAUUUGCCAGAGAAAAGAAAAAGGCGGGUGAUAAGGAGCCUAGCAGUAUCGCUAUACGGAUAGAAAGCAUUCCGGACGAUGGUGGUCAGCCAAUCAUAGUAGACAAAAGCGAACUAAAAAAAGCAGUCGUGAAAGAAGGAGGGCAGGAUCGAGACACAUCUUAUUUCUUAAAUCAGGACGGAAAAAAACAAAAGGCUGGUUGUUUGUCAAUUCCAUUGGCAUCGUUCACAGCACCCCUGAAGCACCAGGUGUUACAAGUUCUCAAAGGUCUGAAGCUUGACACAUUGCCACAAGAAAUUGGUUCCGGUGACAAGAAAGCGGAGGAAUGUUUGUCUGAUGAAGAUGAAAAUGAAGGAACUGCAACUGACAUGAGUGAGCAUGACACAGACGAAAAUAAAGAAACAGAAACGACGAUAGAUAUGAGUGAGCAUGACACAGUUUUCCUGCUUCGAUUAUUUACUGUGGGCAGACAAACUCAAAUGUCAAUUGGAUCCAUUGAAGACGAAAAUAAAGAAACAGAAACGACGAUAGAUAUGAGUGAGCAUGACACAGUGUGCAGACAAACACAAAUGUCAACUGGAUCCAAUGAAGACGAAAAUGAAGAAACUGAAACGACGAUAGAUAUGAGUGAAAAUGACAGGG